CAAAGACUGGGAUGCUGAUGGUUGAAGGAUGGAUGCAAAGACAAAUCAUCUUAUAAAUAGACUAUGCGGACUUCGUUAAAAUGUACCUCGGUCGUGCAAAAAAGACGAUUGAUCAAUGUGAUCAGAAAGAAUUCGAAGAUAAGAAAAGAAAACACAUAGAACGUGAGAAAAUAGGUAAAAAUGAAGAUAUUACAGCCAACGGCGAAGACUUUAAACCGGACGAGUUACCGGAUGGUGCGUGUUUUCGGCUUAAAUCUGUCAGCAUGGGACCUGAAGAUUCUACUACUGCCAUUAGAAAGGCAGAGUACAUCGGUUCAUUCUCUGUGAAUGGGGAGGAUCAAUCAACCAGGACAGAGUUUGUUCAACAUCAGCUGGCGAAUAUGCAUAAAGUGGAGAAGAGCAAGAAAGUUCUGCUGGUAAUUUCCCUGUCUGGAGUGAAAGUUUGCAGCAGCUCAGGGGAGGUAAAUAGGAAAAUCCUUAUAUGUGUCUUGUUCUGAGAAAACUGGG